GAAAUUUCCCAAUUUCAGGAAUCAGGACUUUUUGAAAUCCCUAAAAAAUCCACAAGAACCUCCAUGGCUGAGUGAUUGAAGAACUCAAAAACCCAGCUUCAAUGGCUGAAUUUAAUCGCCGAGAUCUUCUUAUUGUGCUUAGAUUGAAAUCACACUACUAUAAGAUCAUAAAUCCAAGGAUAGAUGGAAAUCAAAAGUUCCUGGAAUCGAUAACAACACAUCUACACAUUGAAGCUGCUUGUCAAGAAACAGUCAAAAAUCGUAGCUUUAGUGUUUCAGGUCUAGAGCUAAGCAAUGGGGCUAGUUGAUUUUAAGACACCACAGAGUUGUCUGUUUAGUUAGAUGUGUUUGUGCCAACGAAAAAAGGAAACUGGAGAUGAGUCUAUGUGGUGAUAGUGGAAUUGAGACCAAAAGACUAGUUUUUUGAACGGUGCGUAGUUCCAAUGGUUUAAGGGAACAAAUGAAGAUGGUGGUGUGUGAAUUGUGAUAUUGGCUGUGGUUUUUAGAUUGAAUGAUCAAGAGAAUAACAGAGUAAUCACAAGUUUGACUAAAGAAUGUGAAGUAACAGUCAACAACUCUUUGGAAUGUCUGAAUGUGAUCAGAAAAGGGAAGAUUCAACAAACAAAAAGGAAAGUAGAGGAGCAUGUGACUCUCCACGCCCCCCAUAAAUGGAAACCAAGAGCAAAACCAGUAGGAAAUUUCUGAUUAUGUGGGAGAAUUAAGGGCCAGAUUAACGGGCACAAUCACUCUCUAUUUUUUUGGGCCUCUCAUUUUUUAUUUUGACAUUUUCCUCUAGGACUUUGGUGGUCUCCUUGUCCAAACUCCUCCAGGUUUUAAGAAUAAGCAGAUCAGAUUAAAAAGUCUAUGUACUAUCUCCUUUGGGGAGGAGAACAGAAGAGAGGAGUCUUGCAGAAGUAUUGCAUCAGGUAUGGAGUUGAAAAGCACUGCAGAUGGAAGAAAUGAUAAGUUUCCGGUAGGAAUGAGGGUCCUCGCUGUGGAUGACAAUCCAACCUGUCUUCGGAAACUGGAAGAGUUGCUGCUUCGUUGCAAGUAUCAUGUGACAAAGACAAUGGAAUCGAGGAAAGCUCUGGAAAUGCUGAGAGAGAAUAGCAACAUGUUUGAUCUGGUGAUAAGCGAUGUAGAGAUGCCAGACACGGAUGGCUUUAAGUUGCUUGAAAUUGGUCUUGAAAUGGACCUUCCUGUCAUCAUGUUGUCAGCUCAUAGCGACUACGACAGCGUUAUGAAAGGUAUUAUACAUGGUGCCUGCGAUUAUCUGGUCAAGCCUGUUGGCCUCAAGGAGCUUCAGAAUAUAUGGCAUCAUGUUGUGAAGAAGAACAUCAAAUCUUAUGCAAAAACUAUAGGCCCUUCUCGUCAACUGCUCGCACCUUCUGAAUCUGAUCUCGUCCCAAGCGUCAGCAAGAAACGGAAAGAGAAAGUUAAUGACAGUGGUGAUGAAGAUGACAGUGACAGAGAUGAGGAUGACGGUGAGGGGAGUGAACAGGAUGGUGACGAGUCAGGUGCACGGAAGAAGCCGCGUGUUGUUUGGUCACAGGAGCUCCACCAGAAGUUUGUUAAUGCUGUUCAGCAGUUGGGCCUCGACAAGGCUGUUCCCAAAAAAAUACUUGAUCUCAUGAAUAUAGAAGGUCUCACUAGGGAAAAUGUAGCCAGCCAUUUGCAGAAGUACAGACUGUACUUGAAAAAGAUAGACGAGGGUCAGCAGCAAAAUAUGACCCCAGAUGCAUUUGGAACAAGAGAUUCAUCUUACUUUCAUAUGGCUCAACUUGAUGGAUUUAGAGAUUUUACUGGCACAAGACAUCUGUCAAGCUCGGGACUCUUAUCACGUUCCCAUCUCACCAAACUCCAACCCCAUAUGUAUCCAUCAGUAAAUCUUCAAGGAAUGAACUCUUCCAGCUUUAUCCAACAGGGGCAUCACCAGAGCUCAAGCAACUCAGCUAAUCCAUUUGGAACAUAUCACAGUACUCUGGCACCAAGAAUCCAGAACGUAAAUCUGUUUCAGCGAACUUCAUCUCCACUAGAACCCCUUCAGUUUCCUAGAAGUAAGUGCUCUGCAUACAUGGGAGAUUUUAAAAGCAUAGGGGACCGAGCAAUUGGCGGUAGCUUCCUAGAUUCUUGUAUGCCAUUUGGUAGCUCUAGCACCUCUUUGCCAAGUGCUUCAAGCAAUACUCUAAUGUUGCAAGCAAACUAUACACAACCCCUGCAUACAGCCACAAGUGGAAAUCAGUCUUGCAUCGAGGGAACUAUGUCCGACUCUGCCUCCCAAAACAUCAGCGUCCAAGGCUUGUCUAGAUUUCCUAGUCAAAGCUGGCAAGGGAAUUUGAACACAACCAGAUUCCUGUCGAAUUCCUUACCAAUUAAUCAUGCUUUCUUGCCGGAUCAAGUGGCAUGUGCAGGGAACAAUCUGGGAGAUUGUACUUCUUUGGUUUCUACAGAGAAUCCAGGUGGAGAGAUGCAGUGUGAGCCUCAGUUACUUGGCGGCUUCAUGCAGAACAUGAACCCUAUAGACGGACAAAAAUGGGAGCAACAAAACUGCAGCAUGCUGAACAGUACAUUUGGUAACGUUGAGUAUCCCCUACCAGGAGACAACAUGGUAUUCAGGGGAAACAAUGCGACCAGAAACAAAGGCUUGGAUGUGUCAUUGAUGAGCCCAAUAGACAACAGUGCAAAUGCCAACGGUCAGGAGUAUGUUGGAAAACCUAUUACAAUGGUGGAUCCAGAGAUGAAGUUAAGAAAGACAGAGAAUGCUCAUGUUGACAACCAGAACCAGCACGAUGUAUUCGAUGACAUAAUGAAUGAGAUGAUGAAACAGGAGGAGAACAACGGAAUGGUGUCAGUGGCUACUAGAUUUGGGUUUGAUUCGUUUCCACCGCCUUAGUAGUUUAUUACUGUAGUCAUCUCCUUCUCUACCUGUUGUUUAGUUCUCUCAACUUGAGACCAAUGUCAUUGGUUUUUUUUUUUUUGGUUCUAUUUCUUUCCAAAUAGUUUCCUCCGAUUGUCAAUAGAUAAAUCAUCAGCUGACACACUGCACCAAACAUGUUUCAUACCCUCUUUUAUGAUUAUUUGGAAUUGGACUUUUGAAAGCGAGA